UAUCACCAUUCUCAGUCAAAAGAAGAAAGCAUGUGUUUACCAAAAAACAAGAAAGCAUGUUCGUAAUUUUCAAUUGAACCGGUUUCCGGUGGGAACCCUAAACAAGAAAACGUCAUUGUGAAGCAAUUCCCUAUAUCUCAAUGCACGGUCGUAAGAGAGAGGAGGAUCCGAAUCCAGAGGAGACCGCAGCUAAAGCCCUUGAGCUCCGGUCUCUCCAGUCCCAGUUCAUGUCCAAUCACCAUCAAAAGAUUUACACAAAGGAAGCAAUUCAAUUAAGCGCGAAGCUUCUAAUAACCAAUCCAGAGUUCUACACUGCUUGGAACUAUCCGAAGCUCGCCUUCGAGUCCCGACUCGACGAGGACUCUGAUCCAAGCUUGGUCAACUCAAUUAUCGAUGAAGAACUAGGAGUCGUACAAAAUGCCUUGGAGAGGAAUGUCAAGUCAUAUGGGGCUUGGUAUCAUCGAAAGUGGGUUUUGAGUAAAAAAGGGCAUUAUUAUCCCUCCUUAGAAAAUGAAUUGCAACUUUUGAACGACUAUCAAAAGCAAGCCCAUCAAAAGCAAGACGAUGAAAAGCAAGACGAUCCCAGCAGGAACUUUCACGCUUGGAACUAUCGCAGGUUUGUUGUGGAGCUAACCAAGACGUCAGAAGAGGAUGAGUUGCAGUAUACAACUGAUAUGAUCAGUGAUAUUAGUUUCACCAUCUAUUCUGCGUGGCAUUAUCGUAGUGUACUUGUUUCAAGUUUAGUGGCAAAAAAGGCUGAUGGGUUUAUGCCAAAGGAAACGAUUCGUCGUGAAUUGGAUUAUGUACAUAGUGCUAUUUUUACGUUAGAAGAGAAACAAAGUGGCUGGUUUUAUUACCUUUGGCUUCUUGAUCAGACUGUUAAAAUGGAGAUUCCUCUUCGCUUUUCCUCGUGGCCUUCAGAUGGUUCCAUUAUCAUUCUAUCUGGACCUGACUGCUUCAAUGCCUCUUCUUCUACUACUAAGUUGACUACUUUCUGUUCCGAGUCUGGUUCUUUUCCACUGAUUCUUUACUUUGACCAAGCCGUAAGUGGAGUAAGCUCGUCAACUGUUACUAUUGGAUCUGAACUCAAAGACCUUGUUUGGGAACCAGUUUCGGAUAAGAAAAACUCUCAAGUGGACUCUUGUGUUUGGGUUGCUCGUCUGAAAUUUGACUGUAGAGAACCUUGCUUUAGUCGUAAGGAAACCAAAGUCAAGGUCAGCCUUGGAGGAAUUGUUUCUUCCAUGGGAUGUAACUUGACCGCUCCUUAUGAGUUUGUAUUUACACUGCGUAUUCAUGACACUGUCGAAGUAGAGUUGUCACAACAAGAAAGCAUUGUUUCAUGGACGGAUGGUUUUGACAAUUGGGAUGAUAAUGCACUGUCGAAUGAUUUGAAUUCUCUUACCGCCUUAAACGCUGAUACGGGUUUUGAGUGGCGUAAGAAAGCUAUAAAGAUAGAGAUUGAACUUUUUCGUACUUUGCCUGACAGCAAAAUUGGAAAGCUCAUUCUUGCAAGGCUUUUGAUGGCUGAGGAAACUAUGAUCUCAAAUGGUGUCCAUUAUAAAGAAAUCCUCCAACUGUAUAACGAUCUAAUGGCUCUUGAUUCUUGGCAUAACCAGUACUACAAGGAUGAGCACAGCGUAGCUCUAAUCCACAAGGUGACUUCAAGAACUGAAUCCAUGUCCAGACACCUCUUUCGGUACAGGAAUAUGAACAAUAUUAUAUGUUUAAGGCUCAAUAACUUAACACUAUCUCGGAUAGCCGCGGUCGAGAAGUUGCUAUUUGUCCAAAUGUUAGAUCUCAGUCACAAUGAGCUUCAUUCAGCUGAAGGAUUGGAGGCGAUGCAGCUUCUCUGUUGCCUAAAUCUGAGUCACAACAGAAUCAGGAGCUUUUCAGCGCUUGACUCUUUAAGACAUCUUAAGCAGCUUAGAGUGUUGGAUGUUUCACAUAACCACAUCUGUGGGGAACUCCCAGUAGACACAACAAGGUACCUUUGUUCUUCGCCGCUCUCUAAUUCGGGUGAAACUGGAAGAGAGGUGCCUAAUAAAUACCAGGAUGCGUAUUUGGUGCUUAGAGAUUUGAUGAAACUGAAGCAGUUAGAUAUUAGAGGCAACGACCUAAUAUUUGCAGGAGAAGAGUUCAGCUCCUUUGUCCGCCAGGUUGUGCCAAAGCUUGUAUGGCUUGAUGGCCACAAACUCACAAGUUAAAUGUUAG